AUGGCGAUGUGGAUAAACGAUAUUGAGAACGUAACUUACUUUGGGGACCCAAGGGUACACUACGAAGUUACCGCUAAUGAACCCAUUUUGGAACAACAUCUUCACAUUUGUGAAGAUUUUUUAGCCUUACACGGUAGCUAUCCAAUACAGAUUGAACAAUACUGGCAGGCAAUGCUGCUCACAUCUUGGAAACGGUACCCUGUGCCUGGGAUAACCUAUCCGUGCGGGGAUCAGGAUAAGAGAUAUAAUAAGACGAAUUUUGGUGGAAUGUAUUAUGCAGAUCCUAUCCCUUGCAAAGAUUCCCCUAUCUGGAGUAUAGGCGAUGUUUACGUUGGGCGCAGCGGGAAACGUGGCUUUUAGAUGUUUUGAAUUUAACUUGAAUUCAUUCCGUGUUGCUUUUUGCCCUCAACAUGCAGUGUGAGAAUUUCAGGGACCUAAAGAUUGACGUAUUUUUAUGAACCCCACAGGAUUCUUCCGAAAAUAUCAAAAAAUAUUCUAGUAUUACUGAAAUAAAU